AUGUCUGGCAAUGGCUCAUUAAAUCCCGGCGAGCACACUUCACUACUUGGCCGCUCGCCCUCCCCCGGUUACUCGCCGCAUCAGCCACAGGAUCAUGGCCGUCACCAUCACCACCCCAAUGACUCUCGCGCCUGGGUUCGCUGGCCGCAGCAGGUUAUCCGUCUGACCUGGUUGACCCUGGUCCGCGAUUAUGUGAACCUGCUGCUGGUCUUUGUACCACUGGGUAUGGUGGCUGGUUUCCUCCAUUGGAACUCUACGGCCAUCUUCGUCUUGAACUUCUUUGCCAUUAUCCCGCUUGCAUCGCUGUUGAGCUUUGCUACGGAGGAAUUGGCCGGCACGAUGGGUCAGGCUCUCGGUGGUCUGAUGAAUGCUACUUUCGGUAACGCCGUGGAAUUGAUUGUAAGCCAUUGCUCUUUUGUUUUUCUCUCGUCACUCUUUGUGGAUCUAUCCAUUCUCUACGCUCCAUUCCAUUUGCCAUGGUUGCUGACACUCGAUGGAUAA